AUGGAAAAUAAGGCAAAUAAGGAAAAUGUGACAAGUGAGCCAAAUAAUACUUUAGGGCAGAAGUCACAAGGAAAGAACUGCCAAACGGUUGGCAAUUUUGCUUUCUCAAGUGGGGCAAAAAAAAAGAGUUGUGUUAUAAAAGGAAAGGAAGUCCAACAGAAAAUAACCCCGAAACUCAGAUCACUGUUACAAGCGGAGAAAAAAAAAAAAAAAAAUUGUGCCAAACAGGUGCAAGCUGAACCAUUGCUAUGCCAGGAGCUACAAACAGGGGAAAAAUGUAGCCAUGACCAAAAAGGAAACAAAAUACUCGCAUUUAAUAAGAAAGAAAAAAAGGUAAACAAGCAUAGUGAAGAGACAAAUACUAUUUGUUCAGAAAAAGGCGCAAGUAAAAUAGGUGAUGAGCAAGGAGCUAACUCAGUAUCGGAUGGUCAAAAAAGCUACAAAAAUGCUUCUCUGAUCAAUUUUUUAAAAAAAAUUAAAAGAGAAAAAUUUCAAUCCACGGCCCAGAUUCUUAACGAGACAUACUUGUAUAAAAGAAAGAAGAAGAGGGAUCACCAGGGUUGUAAAAAAAAAGGGGCCAAUUACUGGGAACAAGUGGGAACCAAAAGCUCCGACAUUGGUGGAAAUAAGAACCAAUCUCCUGGCGUGAAGAUUCAAAGGGUGAAUAUGCAGAAUAAUGAGUCGCCCUUGGAGGGAAGCCACCCAGGAAUAGGAAAAAAUCAAAACCCUAAUGGGAGACACAAAUCAUGUCAAAAAGGAAGCAGCCCUUCGAACGUACUACAAAUGGAAGGUGGAAAUAGCAAUACAUUUUACGAUGCACAAAGUGACAAAUAUUAUGUGAAAUUUGAUAGUAAGCAAUGCAAAAAUGAUGUGGACAUAGAUCAUGAUUUGUUGUCUACACGGAGUAACCACAUUGGAGGAGGGAUGGUCAAGGAAGAGCUGCAGCCCAACCACGCAUCCACCAUUAGCAAAAUGAAAAAGUUUUUCUUAAUUUUUUUCAAUGGGUGUUUAGUUGUAUUUUUGGGGGUCAGCAAUAAUAUUUGCGGAAGGAUGAGGAAUCGAGUGCUGAACAAUUUUGACAGCUUAACUGCGUCGUAUAAUGCUAUAGCCUACGUGGCCAUUUAUUUAGUGCUGUGCAUUAUUUAUAUUAAGUCAAAGAGCAUUACCAAGGAACACUGGUCUUAUAUAUACCCGUGCUUGAGUAGUUAUUUUAAGAAAAGGGAUAAAAAAGGCGCUGAUGUGGGAAAGAUAAACAGGAAAAAGGAGCAACCGAAGGAGCAGAGCGAUUGCACCAUUGAUGUGAGGGAUCAAGAGGCAAUCAGGAGGAAAAAGAAAAUCAUGAAGCUGUUCUACAUUCACAAGAAGAGGAUAUAUGAGCCGCUGCUGGAGAAGGGCAGGGAAGACGUAGAGGUGGGGAACGGCGGCGCCACAAAUAACAGCAUAAGUAGCAGCAUAAGCGGUAGCUUGAAUAGCAGCAGAUGCAGUAGCAGGUGUGCCGGCAGAGAGGGUAACCCUAUGAAUACCCCCACUCUGCGUCAAAGUGACGGCCGAAGUAACUCCCAGGGUGGAGCCAAUGCGCAUACAAAGUUAAUCCACGAAAAAAACGCACAAGCCGGGGAAGACAAGCACGUCGACAUGCGAAGCGCACAAAACACAGGUGAGCUGCUCUCCCAUGAGAACAAAGAACCGAAUAAUGGAAAAACGCACACUCGGUGUCCAUGCAGUCAUGCUAUUGUGCAGAACUCAGCUGUGGAGGGAGUGUAUUCAUUUAGUAAGCAAGACAUGAAAGACAUACUAGAACAUUACCAUCAUGAUAAACCAUACGAUGUCCUUCGCUCUAGAGAGACAACAGACAAGGGAGUGCUUGCUAGUGUAAAGAAGAAGUGGAAGAAUUUAGGAGCAUACAAAUAUGUAGUCGUCAUAGCUUUAUUUGACAUAAUAUCAAACACGUUGUAUUUUGUGUCCCAGCUAGCUAUUCCACUAACCAUCCUACUGCUCCUGAAUCAGUUAAAUUUUAUUUUCUCCAUUAUAUUAUCAUACAUAAUUUUAAAAAGAAAGUACAAUAUCCAUCACGCGUUGUCAGUCAUUAUCGUCAUAGUAGGUUUUCUCUUCUUCUACAUUCCGUACGUGUACAAGGAAGACACAGUGGUUUCGAAGCAGACAAUGGUCAGUUUUUAUAUGAACUCCCAUUUUUAUCUAAAUGUGAAUAAUGCACUGCAGGAUAGUGCUAGCUAUUUUAACAGUGUCUAUCCUUGUAAUGAUCCCACGUGCAGUACAGCAAGCCAGUUUGGCAUGUUCGCAUCUAUCAUUUUUUGUGUGUUGUCCAUUUUGCUAACAUCGUACGGUGGGAUCCUAAGGGAAAUAUUUUUCUCCGAAUAUAUAAAAGGAAGAGAGAAGCGUAACAGGAUGGUCAGUAUAAGGAAGAUCAAAAGGAAAUUCCCUCGAUUCUGUAGUGCCAUGUGCACUCCAGAGCUCGGGGUACCACAGAAUGACUUCAGCGAAAUGGAUACAGAAGAAAGAACAUCCUCUGAGGAGAGUAACACACAAGGGAUAAAACACGGCCAUCGCAACAAGGCAACUCUCUUUGAUUAUCCCCUUUUUAAUAAACCGACUGAUGGGGAUAGGAAUGGCUACAUGAUAAAUGUGCAACAGUUACCUGUAAGCCACCAAGAGAGGGCUAAUGAAAUGUUAAGCGGAGUGUCCGCGUCCAAGGAGAAUGGUAUAAUGGACGGGGUUGCUAGUACCGAGCGCCAUUUCACAUCUGCCUGCCCGAUGUGCCGUAAAGGUGAUGGGGUUGAAGCGGGUACAUCCAAAGGGGUACUCGAUAGUAUGGAGGGCAAACCGAUUGAGAACCCCGUCGAGAUAGAACAGGUCACUCCCAAACGUGACACAGUUCAGAAGACGCAGAAAAGAAGAAGCGCCUCAGACAAAAUGAGCGUUAUACUUUUGUCUUUCAACAUUUCGUUAAUCCAAAUUUGUUUGCUUCCAAUGAUAAUAUAUUUUCAGCUUUUGUUUAACAAGAACAAAGACGUUUCUUAUUUUCUAUAUAUCAAGGACAGCAUGCAGUGCUUUUCAGGAUACACCACGGAGAAUAACUCCAACUGUAAGUACUCGCUUGGUGUGUACAUUCUGUACAUUGUGGUGAACGCUAUUUUCAACUUGAGCGUGUCAUCGUUUUACAGUAACUACUCUUCAGCGGAGUGUUUUUUAAUUUUGAAGUCCUCGACCCCGCUUACUCUAGUGGUUUUAUAUUUUUACGACUUUCCUUUUAUCCUGGAGAGUGACAAAUAUUUUUCCAUUUAUUUUGUGAUCAGUAUAAUGAUCGUUUUUACUGGUGUGAGUUAUUUCUUCUAUCAGAGCAUCGCGUCAGAUAAGAAAACAAAGAAAAGAAAGGUGGCAUCGUAA